AUGUCAGAGUCACAACCGUCUAGUACCUCGGAACCUCCGCUAAGUGCUCAUAAUACCGGGUUUCAACCAGGGGAUGACACAUGGACACAAUGGCGCAAUAUCUUUGCAAUCUUGACGGGCAAAAUGUCAGAUGAAGGUAUCGAACAGUUUCGUGUCGCAAGGGACAUUCGAAAUGAAGCCGCAGAUUGCAAGCGCUGUGAGGAUCAGCGUGAUUACCUUCUUCAAUGGAGCCCUGUAAUCCGUUAUCUGAGCGACAACAUUCGACAACUCGGAGGCAACCUCUCUAGCCACAAUAUCUAUUGCCGUCGGUGUACGAACAGGAAAGCGGGAGGCUUUGACCCGGACUUUGGGAUCCUGCUUUGCGCAAAUGAGAUGAAAGACCAAGGACAUCUCGAGGACACAAUGGCUCACGAAAUGGUCCAUGCUUAUGAUCACUUGAGAUUUAAAGUUAACUGGGCAGAUAACUUGAGGCAUGCGGCGUGUACUGAGAUACGGGCCAGUUCACUCAGUGGAGAAUGCAGAUGGGCGCGGGAGUUCUUUCGACGAGGUCAAUGGCGAUUCACACAACAGCAUCAAGAAUGUGUCAAAAGAAGAGCGAUCUUGUCGGUACGGGCAAGGCCUGCAUGCAAGGAUGAAGCUCACGCCGAGAGGGUUGUAAACGAAGUGUGGGAUAGCUGCUUCAGAGACACUCGGCCGUUCGAUGAAAUCUACCGAUGA